AUGGUCGUCGUCUCCGUCCUGGAAGGGCGCUAUUUUCCAACACGACCCAAGCAUGUGCUUAUAGUUGAAGCAAAGUUUGAUGGUGAACAGUUGGCUACUGAUCCUGUAAAGCAUACCGAUCGGCCAGCAUUUGCUAUGGAAUUGGCUUGGGAACUUGAUAGGAAAGCACUUCAUCAGCACAGGCUGCAGCGUACACCUAUCAAACUUCAGUGUUUUGCAUUGGAUCCUGCAUCUUCAGCUAAAGAGAAAUUAGGCUAUAUUGUACUUGAUUUAAGGGCUGUGCAGGAAAAGAAACAGGCACCAAAAUGGUAUCCUCUGCUUAGUAACAAGUAUGGUAAAUUUAAAUCUGAAAUACAAGUAGGUGUUGCAUUGGAGACUGAUUCAAAAGCAUUAGUUGAUGGUUUUAAAGCAAAGGAGGCACAACCUAGAGAAGUGAAGGCAUCUGCUCUUCUCUCUGAUCUAGACCCUAAAAGUAUUGUACCAGUCUUGAAUACAGAAGAGGGCUACCUUCAAAUUGGGCCAGCAGAGUAUUGCAAAGACUACUUUGUCUUGUCCGUAACCAUUGUGUUUGCCAAACAGUUGGAACAGUUAGUUUCUAGUACUAUGAAGCUUCCUGAACGACAGCCUGAGUUUUUUUUCUACUACUCAUUGCUGGGACAUGAUGUCAUAAAUGAACCUUUCAAUGAUUUAAUUAAUCCAAACUUUGAGCCUGAAAGAGCUUCAGUUCGAAUACGUAGUACAGCUGAUGUCCUUCAAGUUUAUCUUUGUGCACAGUCAAAAUUGCAGAUCCAUCUUUGCUGUGGGGACCAGUCUCUUGGAAGCACUGAAAUACCCCUGUCUGGACUACUGAAGGAAGGAAAUGUCAAGCUCGAUCAACGCCCUGUGGCAAUAGAAAGAGCAUUUGUCCUUGUUCCUCCAAAUAGAGCUAAACAGAAACUGCCACAGUUGCCUUUGGAUAUGCCUCCUACUGUUGGGGUAUCUGUAAUUCUGCAAAGGGAGAGCUUGAGUGCCCAGUCUUUGAUUCCCCUAAAUGCUCCAACUGAACCUGAACAGCCACAGGGAGAAGUUCUUUCGUCUAUUAGUGGAAAAACAGAAGGCCUGCAGCAGAGAUCCCAGAAUGUUCUGUCUCAAGCUGAACACUCUUCAACAGAAGAUGAAGCAACAGAAAGUGAAGUGGAAAGUCUAAAGUUUGAAAAAGACAUGAAACUAAAGAAAAAGGCUGAUAAUGGUCCAGUAGCUGCAUCUCAACACAACCCUGUGGGUGCAUCCAGUUCUUCUGAGCCUGUGUCAGCACAGAAAAUUGUCAUUCCAGCAGCCUCUCAUCAUUUUUGCUUUUCAAUAGACUUACGAAGCAUACGUGGCCUGGAAGUUGGUUUUCCAAUAAAUUGCAUGUUAAGGUACUCAUAUCCAUUUUUUGGCAGUGCAGCACCUAUUAUGACAAGCCCACCUGUAGAAGUCAGAAAAAACAUGGAAGUCUUCCUUCCACAGUCCUACUGUGCAUUUGACUUUGCAACUAUACCUCAUCAGCUUCAAGAUACAUUCUUCAGGUUACCUCUGCUGGUUGAAUUGUGGCACAAGGAUAAAACAGCUAAAGACUUACUUCUAGGUGUGGCGAGACUUCAGCUUUCAAAUGUCUUGGCUUCAGAAAAAACCCGUUUCUUGGGUGGUAAUGGUGAACAGUGCUGGCGUCAGACUUGUAAUGAAACAGUCAGUGUCACAGCAGCACAAGGGUCAGGCAACAGAAUAGCAGAGCUUUCGUAUGCUAUCACUUUGGAAGACUACGGGCUUGUGAAAAUGCAAGAAGUUCUGGUGUCAGAUUCUUCUCAAUGUAUAGGUGCUGGUCAACAACAGCAUGUCCCUCACACUCAGCCUCGUUGUGCCCCAGAAGACCAUCCAGAACCUCGAGAAACUCUUGAAUACAAAGCAGCACUGGAGUUAGAAAUGUGGAAGGAAAUGCAAGAGGACAUUUUUGAAAAUCAGCUUAAAAAGAAGGAAAUGGCCCAUAUGCAGGCACUUGCAGAAGAAUGGAAGAAAAGAGACAGAGAGAGAGAAGCAUUAGUUAAGAAAAAGGUAGCCGAAUACACUGUUUUGGAAGAACAACUUCAGAAAACCUUGAGAGAUCUAGAUAAACGAGAACGUCAGCUUUUUAGUGCCGAAUCAGAGCUUCAAGGACUAAAGAAGGAGUUGCAAGCAGAGCAUGAACGAAAUCUGCAGGAGCUACAGGAUUCUGUGCGGCGAGCCAGAGAAGAAUGUGCACACCAGGUUGAACUAGAAAGGUCAAAAAUCAAACAGCUGGAAGAAGACAAGCUUCGCUUACAGCAGCAGCUUUACGAAGCAGAAAAUAAGCAUAAAAUGUUGGAGAAGGAGUUCCAGCAAUACAAAGAGCAGCAAAGUAGCAAACCAGAAAUCCAGCUACAAUCAGAAAUAAAUCUUCUCACUUUAGAAAAGGUUGAACUUGAAAGAAAGUUAGAGUCAGCUACCAAGUCAAAGCUCCACUACAAACAACAAUGGACAAGGUCUUUGAAAGAACUUGCAAGGUUUAAACAGCGUGAACGAGAAAGUGUGAUGGCUUGCCUUAAAAAGCAGCAACAACAGCUGGAGCACCUAAGGCUGCGCUAUUUGGCAGCAGAAGAAGAAGGGCUGGAGGAAACAGACCGACAAGAGCUGGAAGAUAUCAGAAAUAAACUUAACAGGCUGAAGCAACUAGGAGAAGAAAGAAAGCAAUUGCAAGAUGUUAGAGAUAAUUCUGCUGGUAGAGCAGAUAAUCUUCAUUCUAGAAAAUUAAAUGAGAGCACGGAUGAUUAUCUCUCUCGUUUGAUAGAAGAGAGGGAUACCCUGUUGAGAACAGGAGUAUAUAAUCAUGAAGACCAUAUUGUAAGUGAACUUGAUCGUCAAAUCAGAGAAGCUGCUGCAAAAAGGAACAUCACUAAAUAG